UUGCUUAUUGUAUCAAAGCAGAAAGACACUUGGCUCCGCUAGUGCCAAGUACAUGUACAUAAUAUAUUUCCUUUUUGCUUUCACAUAAAUUCCGUCAUUUCAGCUGAUGAGAUUUUUUGAAUUGUUAAAUUGACCGCGAAUUCAAAUUCAACUCCUAAAACAAGCACACAACGAGUAGAAAUGGUUGCACGUUUGUUCAUGCUGUUGGUCGAACGAAUCUCGUGGAUUCGGAUUCGCUUCCCUGCUUUAGCUCUCGUUCUCAACCCUGUCAAGCUGCCGUUGUGAAAAGCUAUUUUUUUCUCAGCCAUAUUAAAGGUACAACUGCUAAAAAAGCAAUCGCAAACUGAUCUUUGAUCAAGAGAGGCGAUAUUGAUUGGAUGUACACACCUGUCUUUUCUUUGAAUUGUGUUAGUGAUAUUACUGUCACGAUAAUUUUGCAUUGCAUUAUUUUGUUAUUAAUCAUCCGUUAUAAAUCCAUUCUAUUCUUCCCUCCUCUUUCCUGUCCGCGCGGUAAUUUAAUUUCUUUUUUUAUUACUGAAGCUGAAAAUAAAACAGAAAAUUCAAAGCUUUGUUGAAAUUUUCAAGGUGUAUUUUGGCACUGAAUCGAAUUUAGAAAUGGUGAGCUGCUGAAUUUGUUAUGCGUUGCUUUUAUAUUAUAUCCUUUCUGAAUUCAUUUUUUUCUGGAAAUUUUUAGUGUGUCAAUACCUAAAGUAUUACGAGCUUUUUUCCCCUAUUUCUCCGCCUGGAAAAUAAAAUCAAUUUCCAUGGGUAAACUAAUUACUCCCGUUCACCCCUUGUAGAUAUCGUCGACUGUAGAUUUUGUUCCAUAAACCCCAGGGAGUUUAGUCCGUUAUAUAAUAUUAUUGAUUGGGUUCUUUCAACAUUACCGUAUGAUAUCUAGUGAAAGCCGUCUACACAUUUAAUUUAACCGGAUAUUUAGAUUUUCCUAAAAUGUCAGAUUUGAAUGUUUAGUGUCGAAGUUGCCAUUUCGAAAAUUGAAAACUGACAAAUGAGUUCUUUCAACAUGUUGAAUAAAUCGAAAAUUAUUAUGACUCGAUUUGCGACGAAUCUUAAAUCUACUUGAAGGAACAGUUUUGCAGUCAAAAUCCUUUUGCCAUAUUUACCCAGUCUUCAAAUCAAAACUAGACUUCGACAUAGUACAAUUGAACAAAUUUGUUUGCUUCUGGAUUUAAUUUAAUCAACUGUGUUCGACUACAAUUUGUGAGUUACUUUAAUCCAAUUGUUACAAAAAAAGUUUGAGGUCAGAAUCGAGAAUACUCCGAGGUCACUUCGCAAUCGGGAGAGAUAUUUUCUCGUACAAGUUACCAUUUUUGGUAGGUUAUGUUAUUCAUCGUUGCCCAAAAAUAUCGACACUCGCAAAUCUGAACAUAAAUAAUUCAUUAUUUCAAACACGAUUAGAGUUCAAAAACUACAAUUUGAAGCUCUUCUGUUGAUAAAAUAUUUCGUUUUCUUCGACGAAUUGGAAUUUUGUCUUGUUCUCAGUGUUUAAAUUCACUGUUACUGAUUCAAGAUCGCAAGCCCGAAGAAAAAAGCGAUGAGUAAAAAGUUCACGUUGAUCGUGGAACCCCUGGCGGGCAAGAGUGCCCCAAUGUUCUACAAGGAAGAUGGGACCAGAUUCCCCAACAAGCACACUGUGAAACUGAAAGUAGCCACAGAAUACUGUCUCAGAGUGACACUCACACCGCCACUGUCGCUAGAUGUGAUGAAUGUGCUGCUGGACGAAGAUGCGACGUCCACUAAUAGUGCCAGUAUUUUGUGUGGCUGUGCGGCUACUGAGAUAUCCAGGGACCAGCAGAAGGCAGUCUAUAUCCUCAACUGGACAAUCCAGCCGGAAACCAUUCCAGUGUCCAGCAAAAACAGCAGGGAGACACUCGUGCUCGCAUUCCCGAUGAAUCUAGGCGAGGUGAGAGUGAAACUGCAGUGCAAAGUUUAUGGGGAGAAAAGUAAGAAGCACCAAGGAGGCAGACGCCUCAACUCCCUGGAGCAGCAGUUCUCCAUAAACGAACAAAGCCUAUUAGACUUCUCGCCCGCCAACUUCCUCCUCACGUGACCUUUACAAAGGGUCACCAACAAAGCAGACGAGGUCAAAUUCUUAGGAGGGUCAAGGUCAAAGAAACGAGCGGUGAAAACCAAUGAAUGAGUUGUUGGUCGAAUAUAGAAACCUUAUCGUUGGUUGAGUUCAUUAGGUUCAGUUAUAUACAAGUAACAAAAACCGUCUACUUUUUGUUCAAGCUUUAUUCCACAAGAGCCUUUACGUCUAGAAAAAUACCUCUAUCUUUUACACAUGCAGAAAGUGAAAAGAAAGGAAGCUUCUUGAAAACCGAAGAAACAAUCUGUUGUAAACAGAAUAAAUUUAAAAACUCAACCCACGAUUCUGCGAUUUUUAUCUGUCUCUUGCUGUUUUAAUUUGCGAUUAAAUAAAACUGAAACUGCCACUAAUUCAACUUCGAUGUAUAUCGACCUAUAUCAGUCAUUUAUUUGUGCGAUAGAUUAUAAAUCUAGUCAGUUCAGCACUGGAGUUAGACUCGGUGAUUUUACAUGUUCAUUGCCAGACUUCAUUUUUUGUUUAAUUUAAUAGACGUUGAAUGUUAAUUCAAAUUUGUUUUCUGCA